GAGAGAGAAAUGAGCGACGAGAGUGAUAGAAUGGUGAGAUUGGGAUCCUACGGAGGAACAGUGAGGUCAUUGCUUCUUCUUAAAGGUGACGGUGACGGUGACGGUGACGAUGACGAGGAGGAGGAGGAUGAGGAUUUCGGCACCGCCGCCACCGCGGCCGCCGCUGAGGAGACGAUGCUGCUGUGGGGAAUCCAACAACCCACUCUCUCCAAACCCAACGCCUUUGUCUCUCAACACUCUCUUUGUCUCUCUCUCGACGCCUGUGGCCACUCGCUCUCCAUUCUUCAGUCCCCUUCUUCCCUGAGCACUCCUGGAGUAACUGGUGCCGUAGUGUGGGACAGUGGAGUUGUCUUGGGGAAGUUUCUGGAGGAUGCAGUAGAUUCAGGGAUGCUUAAUCUUCAAGGCAAGAAGAUUGUUGAGUUGGGCUCUGGAUGCGGAUUAGUUGGCUGCAUUGCAUCUCUUUUAGGCGGUCAAGUCAUCCUCACUGAUCUUCCGGAUAGACUCAGAUUACUAAGAAAGAAUGUUGAAGUCAAUGUUGGUCAUGAAAAUGUAAGGGGUUCUGCAACAGUGACGGAACUGACUUGGGGAGAUGAUCUUGAUAUGCAACUGAUUGAACCACGACCUGAUUUUGUUUUAGGGUCUGAUGUGGUCUAUAGCGAGGGAGCUGUGGCAGAUUUAUUGGCGACACUUCAGCAACUCUGUGGCUGCGAAACAACAAUCUUUUUGGCUGGAGAGCUUCGAAAUGAUACUAUCCUUGAAUACUUUCUAGAAGCGGCAAUGAAGGAUUUCCUGGUUGGGCGUGUUGAUCAAACACAGUGGCAUCCGGACUAUUGUAGUCGACGUGUUGUUCUAUAUGUUCUGGUAAAAAAACCAUUAUUGAAUAAACGAGAAUGAUUUUGAACCAAAUAAUGCAUAUCUAUGCCAGCACAACACAUAAAGGAAGAAAUGCCUUUUGCUUUCUUAAAAAAAAGAAAAAAAGAAAGAAAAAAAGAAGAAGAAGAUGAAAGAAGAAGCUGAAAUUCGGCCUCAAGCUUCAAGUAUAAAUUAUAUUUUGCGUGUUUUUCCCUUGUUCGAAUGAAUAGUUUGUUCAGUCUUAUGAUUUAUUGUUGAAAUGGAAUUAGCUGAAAUAUAAGCCGUUGUGCAAAAUAUAGUGGUAGAUGACAGGCUUUAAAUAUCAUUGA